AUGGCAGAGAAACACCCCGAGGAUCAUGUUUCUGCAACUCAUAGCGAACAUGCCCACAUGGACAUAGGGUCUGCAGCCGGCAAUGCCGCAUGGGACAAAACAAUCCAGGAGGCAAAGGCCGCUAAUGAGUCAGAGCAUGCCAUGACGGUACGCCAGGCCUUGCGGUCAUACCCCUGGGCUGUGAUGUGGUCUAUCAUAAUUUCAAUGUCAAUCAUUAUGGAAGGCUAUGAUACCAACUUGAUCGGCAACUUUUACGGAUACCCUGCGUUCCAACGUCAAUUUGGCCGGUACUAUUCUGAACACCAUGGCUAUCAAGUCCCACAAUCAUGGCAGUCCGCACUUGGGGCUGGUAGCAAUGCCGGCAGCAUUAUUGGAGCCUUCCUCAACGGAUACCUUAUCAAGCAUUUUGGGUUCAGAAAGGUAUUCAUGGCGGGGUUGUUGUCGAUGUGUGCGUUUAUCUUUGUCUCUUUCUUUGGAAAGACGGUGGGGAUUCAAGUUGCUGGCCAGGUCCUCUGUGGAAUACCAUGGGGCAUGUUUGCGACUAUCGGGCCAGCCUAUUCCUCCGAACUGUUGCCGAUGACGCUGCGCUCGUACUUGACGGCCUAUACAAAUAUGUGUUUUGCAAUCGGUCAGUUCAUUAGCGCCGGGGUACUGCAAAGUCUUCUCAAUCGCCCCGACGAGUGGUCUUACCGGAUCCCAUACGCAGUCCAAUGGGUUUGGCCCGUGCCUCUAUUAGCCAUCGCAUUCUUCAUGCCAGAAUCUCCCUGGUGGCAGGUGCGCCACAAACGUUAUGACGAAGCUGAUAAGACCCUACAACGGCUGCUGGCGAAGCAGUACAAGCACACCUCUCGACAGAUGGUUGCUAUGAUGAUCCACACAGACCAAAUAGAGUCGGAGAUUGAGGCCGGAACUUCAUAUUGGGACUGCUUCAAGGGGAGCAAUCUCCGACGUACUGAAAUUGCAUGCGUGGCAUUUGCCGGCCAGGUCCUGGCUGGCAGCCAGUUUGCUUAUUCUGGGACGUACUUCUUUGAACAGGCAGGAAUGAGCCCUACUAAUGCAUACAAACUUGGACUGGGAGGCACAGCCAUUGCCUUCAUCGGGACCGUCCUCUCAUGGUUCUUAAUGAAGGGUUUUGGGCGCAGGUCCAUGUACCUCACCGGCAUGGGGCUGAUGGCUGUCUAUCUCAUUCUCAUCGGGUUCUUGACGUUGGUGAAGAAUAACAAUAAUGUGGUCUGGGCCCAGUCCGCAUUAUGUAUUCUCUGGCUGUUCACAUUCUCCCUCACUGUUGGUCCGAUGGGUUGGUCCAUCGCCCCGGAAGUCUCGUCCACGCGACUACGUUCAAAGACGAUCUGUCUCGCGCGGAACACCUAUUACAUCGCCAUUGUGGUGGCCAACAGUAUUGAGCCGUACAUGAUGAACCCUGCCGCUUGGAACUGGAGCGGCAAGACUGGGUUCUUUUGGUUUUCAUUUGCUUUUCUAACGUUUGUAUGGGGGGUUUUCCGUUUGACUGAGACGAAAGGUCGGACUUUCGAGGAACUCGACAUCAUGUUUGCCGCCGGGGUCCCGACGCGGAAAUUCCAGGCGUACCAUGUGGAUGCGUAUGCGGAGAACCUGAAUAUUCGAGAUCGUGCAGUGGAGAGGCCGGCGGAUGAGAAGGUGUGA